AGAACAAAUCUAUAAAAUCAUUAAAUAAAAAAAAUAUUAGAAUUGUUCAAAAAUAAAUAAAUAUAUAUUAGAAAUGCAUUUACCUUUAAAAUUUGACACAUUAAUUAAUGUAUGAACCAAUUACAAUUGACACAUGCGCGCGAAGUCGUUGGAAUGGGUUGUUAUCUAACGAAAUCACCGGAUCACAGAGUAACCACCUGACCAUCUCACCUUACAUCAUCAUCACCAUCUCCCUAUGCUACGAUGAGUUCACGAAACAUGGCGAAACAGUUAUUCCUCCAUGAUCUUUCUACUACAUUCCGACAAUGCCCACCACAUGUUCGACGUUUUCACCCACUCAAUAAACCACAUGAUUUCCCUCACAGAAUUUCGCUCCGUUCUUCUUUCUCACCAAAGACCAAAGCCUCAUUCUCUUCUUCUUCUUCUUCUUCUUCUAAAUCUAACUCUAAGAAAGUUGGGUUUGUUGAUUGGUAUUUGCGUAAGCUUGAAACUUACCCGGUUAUCACAAAGAGCAUAACUUCCUCGCUUAUUUUCACUGCUGCUGAUUUGACAUCACAGAUGAUUACAUCAUCCUCUUCUGCUUCGUAUGAUUUAAAAAGGACAUUCCGCAUGGCAAUAUAUGGGGGUCUAAUCUUGGGACCAUCGCAGCAUAUGUGGUUUAAUUUUCUGUCCAAAAUUUUACCUAACAGAGAUUUGGCAACAACCUUGAAGAAAAUUUUAAUGGGACAAGCUGUAUUUGGCCCUGUCAUCAAUACUGUUUUCUUUUCCUAUAAUGGUGCUUUACAAGGUAAAAAUGGGUCCGAAAUUAUUGCCAUGCUGAAGCGAGAUCUACUUCCUACAUUAUUAGGCGGUGCCUUGUUUUGGCCUAUAUGUGAUUUUGUUACAUUCAAAUACAUUCCAGUGCAUUUGCAGCCAUUGAUGAAUAGUUCCUGCGCAUAUGUAUGGACCAUUUAUUUAUCUUACAUGGCAAACCGAACAAACUUAACUGAAGCUUAGUUCUUGGUUUGUAUAUUAGUAUUUAGUGUUCUCAAGCAAUUUUUUAUUUCAUAGCAUUAUCUUGCAGCAAAGAUAUGUAACUAGGUAUUAAAAUCAUGGUAUUUGCGAGUUUAUAAAUUUUUAUCAAUUUAAUAAUCGAUUUUUCUUUUUGUAUA